AUGACCGAGACAGUUCGGAUGAAUGGCUUCGUCAAGGCAGACGUACAGCUGACGCCGGGAGAGAGACCUGUGUUCGACUACAGUUGCCUGGGUGGAGGUUUUGCAGCAUGCUUCAAGUACUUUUGCUUGCCUCCUUGCUCCUCGCGAUGUCGCCUGACCGUCAAGAACAUGAGGAAGCAACAGGCGGGUCUUCCAGUCGACAUGGCUGAUGCACGCAAGAAAGAGGUAGCAGAGGGUUUGAGCAAGCAUGACUUUUUCGAGAAGUACGGCUUCGUCCUUCUGAAACAUCAGAGCACGAUGACUGCAGAGGACUGGCUGGCCGACAGCACGAAACCCUUGCAGGGAAAGUCUUCUAGGAAGCCCUCAUCCUCGAAGGUACGUGACAUCUAUGCUAAGGAGAUCGAGCCGCUAAUCCGGGAACUGUUGCCGAAGGCUGCCGAGAUCUCUUUUCCAUCCUUUGCUCUGCGCCGUGGACCCGGGGGGCCCAACCCCUUUUAUGGAUUCGGGGUGCACCAGGACUACGGGCUGUAUCCUGAGGACAUGAAGACGACCUAUGGGAUAGCCUGCUCGGACGUCGAUGGAAGCUUCGAGGAUUUUCUAGAGCGGUGUUAUCACGAAGACACAGGAGGAUUCUCGAUCAUAAACUUCUGGCGCCCUGUUCCGCCCAUGGCAGGCCCAGUGAAAGACACACCCCUGGCAGUUUGUGAUCCCAGCACAGUGAAGGUCGAGGACUGUGUGCCGAUAGAGAUGUACGGCUUUGUUCCUGGAGGUCAGCGGAGCUUGCUACUCAAGCAGAACACAGACCAGAAGUGGUACUACUACCCAGACAUGACCACGGACGAGGUCUUGGUUUUCCGACAAUUCCACUAUGAACGGGGCGUGCAAGCCCCUUACAGUCGAAUCAAGACGGUCUUCCACACUGCCUUCAAGCAUCGGGCGUCCUCGCCUCACGAUGAGGCUCGCAGCAGCAGCGAGUAUCGGGUGGGAGUGUGGAUGUACAGGCCCCAUGGCUUCAGCCUCGAAGCUGCGAGAGAAAACAUCGCCGCAGAUUUUUUGGUUGUACAUCAGCGCAAGUACGGCCGGUCUCCGGCAUUAGGCACCGCCCCCAGCAUCGUUACCACCGAUGUACUGAGACAGGAUUUUGCCGACCAUACCUACGAACGCAAGGCCUUCGUGUCCGGAACUGCUGCUGCUGUUACUCCGGUGGAGCACAUCGGCGAGGCCGGGCAGGAAGUUGACCUUCCGUCUCCGGGGCCUGUCACGUCGAAGCUCAAGGUCCUGUUGUUGUUAAUCGAGUUCGAGAGAAUUGACGGCUCCACCCAGCUGGCUCAAGCACCUGCCGGUCUUCGCAGCAGGGAUUCCAGGUGUCGCAGCCAGAGCUCGGCAAUGGAAGAGGCGUCGCGAGACACGACGAGCCUUCGUGACAGGCUGCUGAGACCUCCCAUAUACUGGCUCUUCCAUUCCUGGCGCCUCUUCGGUUAUGGUGUUCUCAUCCCGCCCCUCUUGGUCUAUCAACCUCUUAAGACUCUGGCCGGUAUUGUUGCUUACACAGCUGUCCAUCGCCAACGCUGGUGGCAGCAAAGCGUGCACAGGUUUUUUGGAUAUGGAGCAUCUCGUCGACAUCGCUUCGUCAACGAGCAUACAGACGUGAUCAAAGACGACAAGCGAUACCUGUGGUCACUGCACCCACACGGUCUCCUUGCAGAUGGCUGGCACUCAUUGAUCGCUCGGAACUUGGAAUCCUUCGCAGACUCCGGGAAGGGCCCGCCUGCUGUGGGGCGCAAGAUUGCCCUUUGCUUUGCACCCGUUAUCCAGCAUGUGCCAGUGCACCAGGAGAUGUACCGGGACUUGUGCACCUCGGCAAGCAGGAGAGACAUCGUCAAGUGGUGGAAGACUGCAGACACUGACCCGGCGCUCAUUCCCGGCGGUUUCUCCGAGGCAGUCUUCGUCAACUCCGCAGAGCGCAAGUACGAGUACUCUUACCUAAAGAACAGAAAGGGCUUUGUGAGGAUCGCUGUGGAGGAGGGUAAGGACAUCGUCCCCUGCUACACGUUCCGCCAGAGCUGGAUGUACCGGACACCUCGGACACUACGCGCCGCGCGGGCGCGACUGUCCCAGCACAUCUUUGUAGGCAUUAUCCCAUUCUUUGGGUGGAUGGGCACUUCUAUGCCUCUCACGGACAAGACAACCUCCGUGGUCUUUCCGCCUUUCCCCGCCUCCGAGUACAAGCCAGACCAGGUGGAUGCCGCACACGCUGGGUAUCUCGAGCACCUGAAGAAGUACUUUGACUUGUACAAGGGCCGCUUCGGCAUGAAGGAUGUCGAGCUGGUUUUCAUCGGCAACGAUUUCAAGGACGAUGACUGGGCGGCCAGGGCUUUGCACCGAAUGGGGCUGCUCUCGAGCCACGUGGUGGCCACGGAGCCACUGCCGCCUCUGCGACCUCCGCGAUCACGGCUCUGA